AUGUUUAUCACUGUUGUUUAUAAGGACGCACCAGAGCUUUCUCAUAUACGACGGCGUUCAUCGGAACCUGAUGUAUCUUUGGAGAAAACUUUACUUGUCAAUCCUAUAUGCCCUGUAAGAAUAAUGUUGGAGUACAUUAGAAAGAAGUGUCGUCUCGGCUCGUUUACACAAUUUGACUUGUGCGAUGAGAGUGGUGUUCUAUUAGACCUCUUCAAUCUGCCCACUUACGCUUACGCCACUGCACAGUUUGAGCACAAGAAAACUUACUACGUCAUCGUAGUAAGAACGGAAGCAGACAAGCGGAUAUCUGUGCUGCCACAGUUGAAUCAUGACAACAAAAUGUAUGAGGAGAUAAAGAGUCGAGUGAAAAAAUUCCUGACAGCUGGGGAAGCAAGUCCUGCCUCCACACCUCCCCCUGCACAGCCCGCAAAAGUGACUUUGGCCCCCGCAGGGAAGAAAAAAUAA